CCCUGUUCGAUCUCGGAACUGCGCACUGACUGCGAGUCCUGCCUGCCGAGCGGCGCGUUUGGCGCUUUGGGGAUCGAACAUGAAUUCGCUCCAGCGGCGCCUCCUCUUCCUCGUGGGGGGACUCGCCCUCCUGCAGGUGGGGGGCUCCGGCUCCUCCUCUUCGCACUCCCUGCGCUAUUUCUACACUUCUGUGCGGGAUCCCGGCCAGGCGCUGCCCCAGUACUACUUUGUGGGCUACGUGGAUGAUCAGCCCUUCGUUUUCUACGAUGCUGCGAGGAGGGCGUUGCCUAAAGUCCCCUGGAUGGAGAAGGCUGGGAAGGAGGACCCUCAGUACUGGGAGAGGAACACCCAGAACGUGCGGAAUGCGGAGUCUCAGUUCAGAGUGUACCUGGACACGCUGCGAGAGCGCUACAACCAGAACAGCAGCACAGGGCUCCACACCUGGCAGUGGAUGUACGGCUGCGAGGUGGGGCCGGACGGGCGGCCCAGAGGGGGGAAGUGGCAGUACGCCUAUGAUGGGGAGGACUUCAUCGCCUUCGACAAGGAGACCCUCACCUGGACAGCAGCAGAUAGGAAGGCCGAGAUCACCAAGCAGAAGUGGGACCCGCUCCUGGCCACUUCCCAACGCUGCAAAUUCUACCUGGAGGAGGAAUGCGUGGAGUGGCUGGGGAGGUACCUGGGCUACGGGAACGAGACCCUGCGGAGGAGAGAGCGCCCAACAGUGAAGGUGGCACGCAAGGAGGGCUACGAUGGCCAGGAGACCCUCAUCUGCCAGGCCCACGGCUUCUACCCCAAGGAGAUUGACAUUGCCUGGACAAAGGAUGGGGAAGACCAGUGGCAGGACACCUUCCAUGGGGGUGUCGCCCCCAACUCAGAUGGGACUUACUACACCUGGCUCAGUAUCGAGGUGGACCCAAAGGACAGGGGCCGCUACCGGUGCAAGGUGGGACACAGCAGCCUGCCGGAAGACCUGGAUUUGGCCUGGGAGGAGCCAGUAUCUUACACGGGACUUAUUCUGGGCCUCCUUGUGCCCAUCAUGGUUGCUUUUACCCUGCUGAUGGCUGUGGUCUUUGUCAUCUACUUCCUCAAGAGACGACAUCAAAGGAGAGGCUACACAUCGAAAUCGACUCUGAUAACGGAGAAGUCGUCACCGGGUCUCUACCCCGGGCAUGUGUAUAUCCCCUGCUGAACACCUCUACAGGAGUUUACGGCUUUCCUCUACUGUUUUUCACAUUUAAAUAACUCGCACCAUCGGUCCAUUGUGCUUGCUCCGGAGGGUAAAUAGCUGCUUGGUGGAGGGUAGGAUUUGCACAGCCCAAUGGAAACCAAGGCCCUGUCUAGCUACUUUCCAUUAAAAACAGUAGAACAAAUAAUCAGAGGCACAUUACAAAGCUCUCUCUCUCACUCUCUCUCGCUCUCUUUGUAACCCUGGCUCUGUCUCAGCCUUGGCAUCCUGUGUGCACCUUGUGGAUUGAUGUGGGGAUUGUGGUGAAGUGUUUUGCUGAUGGGCUUGUCUUCACUUUCUGUUGAUUUUUCCCCCUGAAACUCUUUAUAUUGAUGAGAAAUGUGGAUGUCAGGGGUCUGAGCCCCAGCCCCCAGACUUGACAAGAGGGAACAGCAGGUCAACCGGGCUGACGGGCAAACAGAGGGGGCAGCCAGCAGCCAGCAGGUCAACUGGUCAGCCAGCUGACAGCAGGUCAACCGGUCAGCCAGCAGACAGUAGGCCAACCGGUCUGACUGGCAAGCAGAGGGGGCAGCCGGGGGACAGCAGGUCAUCCCCUCCCACGGGCAAAUGGAGCCAGAACCUGCCGGUGCCAGGGGCAAGGGGCAAAGGCCCAGGGCCUCAGGAGUCUGGGGGAGACAGAGAGAAGCCAGCGAGUCCCACUCCCCUAGGGGGGGAAAGGGGGCUAGGCAAGGCGGAAGGGGGCAAGGGCAGAGGGAUUGGGGGCCCAGCAGUCACCCACCCAAAGGCCUUACCUGAGGAGGAGAAGCAGCAGCAGCCCCAACAGCCCAAAGCCACGCCCCAGCUAGAAAAUAGUAGCCUGGCCCAGGGGUUGCCAAAGCCAAGCCACUCCAGGUGGGGCUAGUGGAGGCACUCUGCAGGAAGCCCUGGGCAACCAGCCAAGGAGCCGCAGCUGGACCCACUUUCAGCCAUCAGCUCAGCCAGGGAGGCUGGGCUGCUAGCCAGGGGACUGCAGCUGGACAGGCCUUCAGCAAUCAGCCACGGCAGGGAGGCUGGGCAGCCAGGGAACAAGGCACAGCUGGUGCUGGUCAGUGGGGCCAGAUCAGCUACCCCAGCUGCAACUGCUUGGUGCAGCCCAAGACCAGGCUGGAAGAGGGGUGGGGCAGUAGAAGGAAGCCCUAUAAAAGCUGGCUGGGAAGAGCCCUGGGGUGGUGGAUGUGAGUAAGGAGCGAUGAUGUGGAGUGAGAGUGGUGCAAUGCAAGAGUGGAGGUUUGGAGGAGAGUUCUGGAAGGAGGGGAUGAAGAAGGACACGGGGCAAGCAGGCCAGGUUGAGCAGGCCAGCGAGUGGACUGAGAGGGAGUCUGGGUGAGGUAUACCGCCCCUCCUUCCACAGAGCAGGGUCCUGCAGCAUCCCUGGCCCCCCUAUGACAUCAGGAGCAGACCGCCCAGUGCCACUCCCAGCGGCAGCGGCGGCAAGCCCUGACAGUGGACACAUUUUGCAGCUUCACUGAAGAUUGUUAAAAUGAAGGAGGGCCUCUGUAAGGAUUGCCAGGGGAAACUGGCACUCCCCUUUGGAACUUCUUCAUGCAUGCUCUCCCUGUGCGGCAUGAUGAUGUCACUUUUGGGAGGGACAUUAUUUCACAGGCCAUGGGGGUGCUCCCACGCUUUGUGCCAGGCUGAUUCUUGAAGAAUCAGCCCGUUUGGGGCCCAAAUCGGCCUGGUGUGAAGGACAGGAGCACUCUUACAGUCUGUACAAUGGCAUCACUCCUAGAAGUGGCAUCAUUGCACCGCACCAGGAGUGCCCCAUGGAAAGACUGUUCCUGCCCUUUCUCCCCCUUUAGCCAGAUCAGUGGUGGGGGGGGGUGGAAGUGGGGGAUCUCCCAUCAGGGAACCAGCAUCCCUAAUAUCUAUGCACGCUUUGGGAUACGUAUUAUUGGCAGUUGUUUUGACAAUUAUUAAAAACUUAUCUUUUGCUGGGCUGAUGUGGUGUCUUAACAGAACUGAGACAGUGUAGCUGCCAAACAGGAACUGAAAAGUCAACUUUGACACUGAGAGAUCUCAAUCUUUUGGUGCUACACCUCUGAAGAUGGCAGUCACAGCUGCUGGUGAAACGUCAGGAACUACAAUGCCAAGACCACGGCAAUACAGCCCGGAAAACCCACAACAGCCAUCGUUCUCCGGCCGUGAAAGCCUUCGACAAUAUAUUGAAAAGUCAACACAGGCCUAGGAAUUGUGAUUGGGGGAAGGGGGUACUGUGUGUGUGUGUGCGAGAGAG